ACUGGCGGGAAAAAGGGUCAGGCGCUCAACCACUUCCGGGUUGAUCCUGUGGAGAGAAACAAAGAACAGUGUCGUUUUGGGUUGGUAAUAUUUUGAUGCUUUGGUGGAUCAAGGAGCUUUCAUCAACUUCUUGGGUGGAUUAAGGACUUUUAUCUCUAACCUGAUUGUGUUUUUAACAAUGGGGGAGGUUGCAAAUCUCAUUUGUGCCCGUUUCGGCAACAUUCCGGCCCGUGUGUUGUGCGUGUUGGUUCUUGUGUGCCAAGGCGCCCUGCUCGACUAUUGUUUGGCCUUCUACCUGAACUUGAACUGGUUAGGUUGGAUCACUGCGGACAUCGUGGUCGUCUGUCUGUGGCUGUACGCGCUCAUAACAUCGUACCGGUACUUCAGACAGAAGUGGAUGUCGCCUGGCCUUGCCCGGAUCGGUGAUGAGCUGCCCUUCGCCUUUAUCUCGUGGUUUGUGUACGCCUGUCUGUACGUCCCCAGGGUCGCCAUCAUUUUCAAAUGGGAGAUAGCAGACGAACUCACCGACCACGACUGGUUCGGCCCCAACGCACUCAAGACGACUCUAGCAUUGUCUGCCCCUUUGUUCCUUCUGCUCCUGUACGGGCAUCACGACGCCAAGCCGCACACCAACAGGAAAAACUACGUAGAUAGGCUCGCCUUGGGUGUGACCUUCGACAUCCUGGACUCUCUAGAGUUACUGGAUAUCCUGUUUGUGCAGGAAUCGCGGGUGAUCUUAACCUUUGAGCUGGAGAACGCCAUUCUUUCCUUCGCGUGCAUCGUCUUCUUCCUCCCCACAGUCGCCCUCUUUGAACUGAGGAAGAACAGGUCGGAUGGUGAAGUGGCAUCCGUAAAUUUCGGAGUGCUCUAUUCCCUCCUCUUCAUGUUGUUAGUGAACGUUCCCUUCCUUGUCAUCAGGAUGCUUCUGUGGAAUAUCUACAACCAAGACGUGUCUGUAUUCCUAAUUAAGAACGUCAUGCUGCUGAUCAUUGGGUUUAAAGACAUUUGGGAAAACGUCGGCCCGCACGGACCCAAGAAGUGCUCGGAGUGUGACGGAACAUUCCACCCUGAUCACAUUGAGCCACACAAGGAGAAGUGCGUGCCAGAAGAAGCCAUAGAGCUCCAUGAUGGACAGACUGAGUCGGAAGCAAGCAAACUACCAGUGGAAGCCCACUCUUCGGUGUGAUAUCAGCAAAUGAAUGCUAAUGAGUUGUCUCUUAAGAUACAGUUUUCCUUUAUAUAAAGAGGAGCAAGAUUUUUGUAAUAUUUCCGUAUUCGAGUAAGAUAAAACACCCCGUGUGUCACUUGAUUCGACAUUGGCUCAAGGCCACACCUAAACUGAAUUCAUGUUAACCUCUUGCUAUGUGGCUGUAGCCUCCUUUUUACUGACAAUUUCGUUCACAUUGGGAUUUUAAAAACGACAACAGGGAUGGUUACCUGUACACAUCUGUAGUAGAACUACAGCGGAAACUUAGAAAAUGUGGGUGUGCUACCUUUUAUAGGAUUUACUGUACUAUAUAAUGUAUUACGUCUUUGUUGCAGUGACUUUUAUAAUGUGCACUUUUCUCCGGCACAAGAAUUUCUUACAAUCUGACCAAAGAUAUGUAUAAGUAGUAGUUGUUUUUAUGUGUAUAUGAACGUAUUUUUUUAUCUACCUGUGAUACUGUGAUGAUUGGUAGUGGGUAGAUUUUAAACAAAACGAUGUU